UACGUCAUUUCCGGUGUGGGUUACGGCUCCGCGCGCGAAACAUGUCCACUGUUUACUUUGAUGUUACUGAAGUUUUUUAGCUUUAAAGUAGACGUAUGAUGUGCAGCACAGUGGACAAUGCAGAGGUCAUCAUUCUGAGUGAUGAUGAUGAGCCAGAGGAAGAAGAGGCGUCUGUGCUGUUUGUGGAGGUGGAGCCUGUCAACAAGAAUAUAGACAGUGUAUUAUCCAGCAGUGCCAUGGAGGAGGACAUGGUGGUGACAUUCUCUCGCUGUGCUGACGUACUGCCCCACGCUCGCUAUGACUGCCCCAUACAGCCCUUUAUGGCGACAGAGUGUGAGAUCAGCACUCCCAUAGACAACAACCAACUCAUGUGUGAACAGUGUUUCUGCUACAUCUGCGACAAGCCAGCCUCACAGUGUAAGGUGUGGACUUACAGUGGAGUGUGUCACUGCAAUAGCCACAAGAGAAGCACCUUCUGGAACAAUCAGAGGAACAGCAGCCUGCUCGGAGGUCUGCAGAGCUUUAACCUGACGCUAUGUGAAAUCGACUCACAUCUCAGGCACGCAGAAAUAUUGCUGCAGAGGUUCAAAAAAGAGCUGACUGUAAGAUUCUCUGCCUAUUUGAGCGGAAAACCAGCAGAAGAAUACAGCCCCACAGCACAAGGCCGGGUCCAUGAUUAUACUCCGGUGUACGAGUGUGUUGGCUCCUUCCUGGACCUGGCAGAGAGACAGGACAACAGAGCGGGGGCCAUCAUGCAGCUGGGGGCCGCAGAGGCCUUUGUGUCUCACUACUUUGUGUCUGGCACAUUUGCACUACAGACUCCUAUGUCUAAUGCUGCUGUAGCAAGAACAGAACUAAUUAACAGAGUGAUCUUGUCAUUACAAAGACAAAUCGUGAUGGGCGAGUUCACAACAGAAUUCAUCCACAAACUACAGGAGUUCUACAAGAAGCUGUCUCUGCCCGCUGAGCUCAAGAGCCUCAAGACCAGCCUGUCUGUCCGGCCCUGGGACGAUGUGUUGCUGGGCUCUGUGCUCAGGGGACAGAACGUGUGUGGCUUUCGUAAAGACCGAAAAGGCAAAAAGGAUGUCCUCCUGGAGCACAUUUAUGUGGUGCAGUUGAGGACGGAGAGACUGCAGCACGAAGGCAGGUACAGAGAGCUGUGUCGCUACCUCCGGGUGGUCCAGACCGAUGACCCCAAAAUUUUCCACCAAGUGCUGGACCUGGUGCCCUUCUUCCUGUGUGUUGACGGACAGCUCCACUCUGCCCUCCAGAACCUCUUGAUCUCACAGACCUCCAGCCUCUCACCCCGGCUCUUCCUGUCCUACCUGUACAUCUUUAAAAUGGCUAUGGCUCCGAUGCAGGUCCUGCGUGUGCACGCUGAUCUCUGCUCCCCCAAUGCUGCCUGGAAACCUAUCCCAGGUGCAGUUCCUCUAAAGCGCCUGGACUUGGUGAAGUUUGCUCUCAAAGCUCAGGCCUACUGCUCUGACAUUAUCAAUGAUAGUCAGUGCUGGAUCAGCGUGCUCUCGUUGGCCAGUUCUCCUGCUGGAUUGGUGGGUGGUCUUCUGGAGCCCAGUGCAGAGUACCUCCUUGAGUCCAAAAAUCUUAUCAAGUCCAUGGUGCUACAAAGCAAGGAGACCUGCAACUUCCACAUCCCUCGCCCCUUCCAGGAGGUGUACCCAGACCAGGCUCUGCUGCUGCUGCUCACUGAGGCCCUGGCUCAGAGGAUCCAGACCGGCCCUUUCAGCCCUGUGCUCCCUGUGCUCCGCUGCUUUCAGAACAACAUGUGGGCUUUGCACUGGCUGUGGGACAGUCUGUCGUCCUCCGAGCGCCUCAGCUCCUUCAUCGCAGAGGUGACCCAGGAAAUUGACCAGAGCGCAGACAAGUCGCUGGGAUUUCUCCACAUGUUGAUACCCCCCUCCAAACUAAAAACUCCAAACUCCAAACUCAACUUAGAUCAUACUUAUGCAGAAGUGGAGUGA